UCAGCCAUGUCAACUCAAGGUCAAAGGUUUUAGCUCUGUAUCUCCUAAACCCCUUUUAGGAUUUUCAUGAAACUUGGAUCAAAUGAUCACCUCAUCUAGACGAUGUGCAGAAUUCAUGGGUCAGCCAUGUCAGUUCAAGGUCAAGGUCACAGCUCAAGGCCAAAGGUUUCCCCUUUCACUAUCUGUACUAGUGGCGGGGGAUUUAGCUGUCUGUCAGACUGCCUUGUUAUAUUUUAUCAAGCAAUGGACAAUGAUUGCAGUUCGCCUAAAGAAUUACUAUCACAGUUACGAAUUUUAUAGUGUUGAUAGACUUUAUCACUUCUUUUUUUGUUUGUUUCAAACCUGAUUGUUAUUAAAUUUAACAUUAACAUUGAACUACAGUACUGUAGGCUAUAAACAGUAAUUUAUCUGGGCUAUGUUCAGGGAAUACGAAAAUUAACAUAAAAUGAACUCCGCUGUUGUGAAUUUUAGAAAUAUUUAAAUGUGUAGAAAUUCAAGCAAAAUAUAGUUGCAGUUUUUAGAUCGGAUCCAGACAGUAUGAUAAACCGUAUUGCAGAGAGCAAAUUGUGUUAACUCCUUGGGGACGGGAGGGGGUGGGGGCUGCUUUUCCUCACGCCCUCAUCUGCCCCUUGGCCGCCAGGACUUGCGGUUAUAAUUAAAUUCCUCGGCUUAUCUUCAGAUUAAAAAAAAUAAAGGGAAACUCUUGUUACGGAAAAGGUGGAACAAACUUUAGUUGCAAAUCUAGCCCGCUAAAAUCUCUGAAUACAAUAAGGAAAUAUUCUCAACGAUUAUCAUUAUGUCUUUUUUAUUUGCAGAAACCUAAACGAACCGUAACAUCGGACAGUAUUGACUACAGUUUGAAUUACAAGACAGAAAAAAGCAACAAAUUGCAGACGUCCAACAUUCUUCCUGCUCACAUGCUUACAUCUUGUGGCGUCGGAUAAAUAGCCAGUAGCCAAGUAUUGAUGUAGCCGUAGUGGAAUAACUGGGAAACUCAUUAUUUUUUCUUUGAAGACUUUUACCACACUCGACACACGCAUACAUUAAACCCAAUAAAUUUUGGAACAAUAGAAAGUGUUGUGGUCAUUGGUUAGCUAGCUGUAAAUCCCAAGACAGCAUAGUAAAAGUACCAUUCGGCAGUAAAUUGGACAGACACGGGCAACGGACAAAGUCAACGCACGGGUGUAUACGACACGGUCAUGCCUUCGUCUCAGUGGACUGACUGCUUAUUUAUUCGUUAAUUCUGGUAAUCUAAAUGUCAAUUACACAUAAAAGAAUAAGAAAGCCAACUUUAAAGGGGAUGGCAGCUUUCGAUGAAAAAGUCGUAAACUUUGAAAAGAGAUUGUCGGCCAGAUAUGGUGAAAUUUCAUUAUUAUUGAAAAAAGAUGUCAGCACAGAUGUCAGUGUCACAUCUCUUAACAAUCUUGAUGAAAAUAUAAAAGCCAGUUAUGAAGAAUAUUUAUCUCUUGCUAAAGUGUAUAGUGACUUCUUAAUUGCAUCUAAUACAGAGAAAAGCCUUCGUCUGAAUGAACAUUUCAAGGCAAAAUUAGUUGAACUUGACAAAGAAAUUUCUGGUUUUGCAGACAUUGUGCAAAAAACUAAACAACAAAUCCUAGAACAGUUAAUGAAAGGAUCACAUGUGUCGUCCGAUAAAUCGUCGGUGAAAAGUUCAAAAGUUUCAGCAAAAAAGUCUUCGGUGAAAGGAUCCCAUGUUUCAAGUAAGUCUUCUAAGACUAUUGAAAUAUUAACUGCUAAGUACGCUGAGGCCCAAGUUGCUAAAACAAAUGCACAAUAUGCUGAGGAAGAAGCAACGUUACUUAAACAGAAAGCUCAACUGGAACAUCAAACAAAAAUAGCUACAGCAGACAACGUGAGAAAAUUAACUGAAUUAGAAAGUGACUUAAAUGUGUUGUCUUUAAAAAAAGCAGCAGCGGCUGCCCAAGCUGAAGUGGAUGCUUUGGAAAGAAUGUCGCAUAGAGAUAAUGAAAGCAUGGUUGAUGUAAGUGUAAAAGACCUGAAUUUACAAAAACUACCAGAUACUAACACAGAAGAUAAAGUUACAGGUUUCCUUAAUCAAAUACAAAAUGUAGCUCCUGAAACAUCGUCUGAGCAGAAAUUUCCGGUUUCAGAAACUCUUACGAAUUAUAUUCUGAAAAAAGAACUUGUAUUUUCAAGAGUAACUAGUUUCAAUGAUUCUGCAGAAACAUAUCAGUCAUGGAAAAGCAGCUUUAAGCAAGUUACUUCAGAGUUGUCAGUAAAUCCCCCAGAAGAGAUUGACUUACUUAUAAAAUGGCUUGGUCCAGAUUCCAAGAAACACGCACUAAGUCUGAAAUCCGCAUACAGGAAAGAUCCCAGACUAGGUCUUCAAAAAAUUUGGGAACGUUUGGACGAAAGAUAUGGGUCGCCUGAGAUUGUCCAUAAAAUUAUAAUGAAAAAAUUGAGAAUUUCCAAAGCUGUCAAAUAG